AUUGCAUCAGUAUUAAAUUUUAUAAUAUUCCAUGAAACGUGAUUGGGGAUCGCACUAUAAUCAGAAUUAUAUAGAGUUUACUGGCGGAUUAUCGAGAACUAAAUCGAAGUGUAUUGUUUAAAAUUAUCAUUUGUCGUAAAAGGAAUACAGUGUUGAUGUAUAGAACAAAAUUUAAUUAUUGUUUCGCCCAGAAGGAUAAUUCAGUUUCGUAAGAAAUUAGCGAAGCAAUGUUUGUGAAUUAUAUAUUCCUUCUUGUGUGUUUCCACAGGACGUACUUUCCUGAACAUGGCAGCAUCAAUUGGACCGGAAAAGCUGGGUGCCGCAGGGAAGAAGCCGUUUACCGUUUUCAUCGAGGGGAACAUUGGCAGCGGUAAGACCACAUUUCUGAACCACUUUCAGAAGUUCCAGGACCGGGUUUGCCUGUUGACGGAGCCGGUAGAAAAGUGGCGUGACUGCGGGGGAGUUAACCUUCUGGACUUGAUGUACAAAGAACCGUACCGGUGGGCUAUGCCAUUCCAGACCUACGUGACACUGACGAUGCUAAAUAUGCAUACCCAUCAGACGGACAAAUGCGUGAAACUCAUGGAGCGAUCCAUGUUCAGUGCCAGAUAUUGUUUUGUGGAAAACAUGUUGACAUCUGGUAGUUUACAUCAAGGAAUGUACAAUAUUCUACAAGAGUGGUACGAAUUCAUCCAUGCCAAUAUACACAUACAGGCUGAUUUAAUUGUUUAUCUUCGUACAAGUCCAGAAGUUGUUUAUGAAAGAAUGAAAAAGCGCGCGAGAUCAGAAGAAAGUUGUGUUCCUUUAAAAUAUCUUCAAGAACUGCAUGAGCUGCACGAGAACUGGCUCAUUCAUGGAUCGUUUCCGAGAAUGGCACCGGUUCUUGUCCUAGACGCAGACUUGGAUUUGAAUAACAUCAGCUCUGAGUAUAAGCGCUCAGAAACCAGCAUUCUUAAGCCAAUUCUCAUAGAGAAUACCAACCAACAUCCCAUCCUUGCAUCACCAAGUAAACGAUCGAGAACUGAAUUGUAACAUAGGAAGUAGGGCAGCAUGUAGCACCACAAUAAGAGUAAUAACGUGACUGCUAUUAUUUCUGUUAUUUAAUUAGAUAUUAUAAAGGUAUGUCUAGCAGUCAAGACUAGGCAAGGCUAAAUUAGAUUUUAGAAAUAUAAGAGUGUGAAUGUUUUAGUUAUAAGAUUGUAGAAUACGACUCGCAAUAGUACACAAUGUUAGGGUAAUCAAGGUAAUUUGGGGUCGAAAAUUGUGAGCAAAAUAGACAAUAGAACAAAAAUAAAGAUAAUGCUAAUAGGCGAGCUAUUCUAGAAAAAGCUAGAUAAAGAUCAAGAGUAAACAAUCUCAAAAGUAACACAUAAAAUACAACAAUUUUGCUUCAAACAGCGUUACUGUACACGUUUAUAAUGUUGAGCGUAAAUAGUAACCCCCAAAAUACCUUCUUUACCCUAUAUACCAAAGAAACAAGGAACUUUAAUGCCUACCUGCCUAACGAGCAUGGAUGGCCAUACAAAUUAAAUCAGAACCGUGCUAAAACAGAUUUCAAUAAUACGAAACAAAAUCAGCUUUCUAAAAAGGUAUCUCCAAAUUAAAAAAUAGUAUCAACAGACCAAGCCCGGGCGCAGCUCGGGCGUGGCUCUACUAAAUUCAUAUUCUACAAUAAUAGGCUAAUGAUAUUUAAUAGUAUUAAAUUGGUUUAAGUUUCUGAUCGGUUUAUGGGAAGCGUGAACGAGAAUAACUAAUAUAUCCAGGCUAGUCAUUUUGUUUCAUAAUUAUUUUAACCAUUUUUUUCUUUGCUUUGUAUAUGACAUAUUAUUUGAAUGUUUAAUUAAACUUUUAAACUCCUGUUCGUGAAAACUCUUAUUCAAAUGUAGAUUUAUGUUAUACCUUUUUAUUAAACUCUUUCACAUCACUUUCCGCUAGCCAUGGUAUAUCGCACAUAUUUUAGCUUUUAGUUAUACAUUAUCGAAAUGUAUGUAGCCAAUUUUUGUACUGAAUUAUUCAAAACUGCGAAUAAAUAACUAAUAUUCUAAAUUUUGUUGUAAGGCA